AUGAAAAUCCUUGUGGUAUUUCUGGUGCUGGUCAUCUUUGGGCCACAAUCUCAUGGAUACGAGGUUUAUAACAUCAUCAGCCCAAACAACAAUGGUGGCAAUCUUCAGGAGACAGUGACAAUUGACAAUCAAAAGAAUAUCGCCAUCGUUAACAUCCAUGCAGGAUCAUGCUCUUCUACCACGAUUUUUGACUAUAAACAUGGCUACAUCGCUUCCCGGGUGCUCUCCCGAAGAGCCUGCUACAUCCUGAAGAUGGACCAUAAGGCCAUCCCCGCUCUGGACGAACUAAAACGAUACAUCUAUGAGAAACAGGCUAUGAAGAACAUGUACUCUGACAAAUACUUCUGGGUCAAGUACAACCCACUGCAGUCUCUGAUCGUGCACAUAGACUGGUUCCUGUUCGGCUCACCCAUCAGGCAGCUCUGCAGUCAUGUUCCCCUGUACAAGGGGGAAGUGGUUGACAAGAUAAAUAACGUCCGUACUGACGUCUGCUCAAGGACCGGAUUCCUGGGCAUCUUUGGAAUCUCCAUCUGCUCGGGUGUUGGCGCUUAAGCAUCACCCACUGGCCUCGUCUUUUCCAAGACGCACACCCUUGGUUUCCACUCAGCAGCCAAAUUAAGUUCUUUCCAAAGCCCCAACUAAUGUUGAGACUCAGGGGUAAAA